CUAUUUUUCAAUUUGCAAUAGUCGAGUCGUUCGUUCUUAGUCGAUUUUUAUUCUACGUUUGUUUGCUUCCUUUUGUCUUGUAGAUUAUUGAAAAAAUAAUUAAAAUUAUUCUAUAAUAUUUUAAUUUUUUGCUAUAAGAUACACAAAGAAUCGACCAAACAUGAAGAAAGUUUUAUUUGUCUGUUUGAUAUCUUUAGCAAUAUGUCUGAGCCAAGCGGAAGUUCAAGAAGGGACUCAGGCAAAACCAGUAAGUGACACAACCACAGGUUCUAAUGUUGUGAUACCUAAAAAUCAGACUGUACAAACUCCAGUACCUGCAACCAAUGAGACAACUACCCAAAUUAGCACUGAUAAGAGUCAGAUAGCACCAGCCCAAACACCACAGGGUGUACCACAAAACCCACCAUCAGCUACGAACAAAACAGAGGAGAAACCUGCAAAAUCAGGCGAUAUAGAAAAUAAUACAUCUCCAGACAAAAAGAAAAUUGACCAAAAUGUACCACAGACUGAAACUAAAUCAAGUGACAUUAAUAAACCUAAUAAUGAGACGACACCAAACAAAAUACCAACCAGUGAGACCACAAACAAGACUGUAAGCAGUAGCACCCCUGUUCCUGAACAUACAUCUACCAAAAAAAAUGACACCCAACCCGAAAUUACGACAAAGCCUACUAGCACUGAUAACCAUGUUCUUCAAGCCAGAGGCUUUGACGGCCCCAGCUUCUUUGGAGGCAUCAUACUAACCCUCGGACUGCUAGCCAUCGGCUUCAUGGGAUUCAAGUACUAUAAAAAUCAAACUGAAAGAAAUUAUCAUACUCUGUAAGAAUAUUUUAAGUUUCACUUCAACCCUCUAAUUACAUGCAACUUGAGUUAAAAUUGAUUUCUCUUUUCUUCAGUGCACUUAGAUCUGAAUUUUUAUUUUGAUUUGUUUUUUUUUUUGUGCACUUAGAUCUGAAUUUUUACUAUUUUAAAAUAAGGACAGGGUUUACAAGAUACUCUAGUUGAGACAACUUGAUAUAAAUCCAUUUUAAUAUGGUGACGGCUGAUAUAGUUUGUAAAUUUACUAUCUACACGAAUUUAUUCUCAUUUUUUAAUAUUUGGUAGAUUUUAUGUUAGUAUAAUCGAGCAUUUAUAUCACAGAUUUCACGUGUUUUAAUGUUAUCUCUGUACUAUAAGAUCUUAAGAUGGUUCCACUCACCAAGUCAAGCUAGGAUGUCUCACAUGGACUCAGAUAAAUUGACAACAUCUUAUACUCCGCUUGAAUAACGAGGGUCCAGAUUUAUGUUAUUGGCACCUAUGGUAAAAUAUAUUAAAAAUUGUGAUCUGUAAAUUAUGAUUGACUUUAUAAUUAAUUGUAGAGCAACUAUUUAGUUUUUCUUUUUUUCUAUUAUGGCAAUUGUGCAAUUUAGUUUUUAGUGUUGCAGAUUAAAAACUGUGCCAUCUAUUGAUUUCAAUAUUUCUGUCUUUCGUUUUGAUGUUAUAACACUAGACAGUUUGAAUGCGCACUGAAUCUUUAAAACAAUGUAUGUAGUCAUAAGUAUAUAUAAUAAUUAUUAAGUGUUAAUAUAUAAGGCAACGCAAUGUGAUGAUGAAAAUAAGGGUCUAAAAAUAAUAGUACCUACAUUGUUGUGGCACAAUUAAGAAAAUUAAUUAACAGUAAUCUUAUCAUUGCUUGCAUAUAACAUGCAAGAUUUAAAUAUUUAUUAUGGCAACAUUUUUACAUAUGCCAGCCAAAAUUAAAAGAAAUUAUUAUUAAUAGAAUAAAAUUAUUAUAAAAUGAGUGAUGGAACAAAUAACAAUGCUAAAGAAAUAAAUAGUUAUAUUCAAUAUUUCUUCAGGAAUAAAUUAUAAUGCCAUUAUAUCCAAUGCUGCAAACUGACAACUCAAGUGUUAAUGUUAUACCUUUAUAUGAAAACUCAUAAGUUUUUAUACAAAAAAGUCCAAAAUUAAAUCACUCGAUAAGAUACAAUUUUUAUCACCUUUUAAUUUGACGCUGGCAGAAAUGAUCGCAAAAAUAACUAAUAUAUUGGUAUAUGACGGCAUAUGUGUAAAAUGUUGUUUGAAAAUCACGAAAUUUUCGAUAUACAAACAUACUGUUACUUUUUUGUGCUACAACAAUGCUUUAUGUUUUGUUUUAUUUUCUUUUGUAUAGUAAAUUUGCAUGCCAAUUUGUAAACUGGGGAAAGUUGAUUCCAUCCUAAAGUGCUCUUAAAUCUGAACUAUAUAAUGGAUAAGUAUUCAAAAGGGUUUACAAGCCACUAUUAAGAUUUUCCUGUCAUCUAUAGUUACUGCUGCUCUUAUGUCACUCGAUGGUUAUGUUAAUAAAGGUAAAUACCGA